GACGAAGCUGCUGGAGAGCGAGUCCAUGAACGAGUCCCUGCGCCGCAGCCUCUCCCGUGUCUCUGCCCGGGCCCCCUUCCCAGGGGGCUCAUCCCCAGCUGCUGCCCUGGUGGGGCUGUGCAGCCCCGUGGCCCCCGUGGACACAGAGGCCUCCGACGUCCUCCGGCGGGCCAAGCAGGACCUGGAGCGCCUGAAGAAGAAGGAGAGGAGGCAGCAGAGGAAAAGCCCAGAGAAAGAAGCAUUUAAGAAGCGUCAGAAACUGCAGCAGGACAACGGGGAGGAGACGGAUGAGAAUGAGGUGGAAGAGGAGGAGGAGGAGGAGGAACAGGACGAGAGUGGCUGUGAGGAAGAGGAUGGACGUGAGGAUGAAGAUGAGGACUCAGGCAGUGAAGAGAGCCUGGUGGACUCGGACUCGGAUGCAGAGGAGAAGGCCGUGAAUUUCCAGGCGGACCUGGCGGAUCUGACCUGUGAGAUAGAGAUCAAGCAGAAGCUGAUUGAUGAGCUGGAGAACAGCCAGAGGCGCCUGCAGACCCUCAAGCACCAGUACGAGGAGAAGCUGAUCCUGCUGCAGAACAAGAUUCGGGACACGCAGCUGGAGCGGGACCGGGUCCUGCAGAACCUCAGCACCAUGGAGUGCUACACGGAGGAGAAGGCCAACAAGAUCAAAGCUGACUACGAGAAGCGGCUGAAGGAGAUGAACAGGGACCUGCAGAAGCUGCAGGCAGCCCAGAAGGAACACGCUCGCCUGCUCAAGAACCAGUCUCGCUACGAGCGGGAGCUGAGGAAGCUGCAGGCAGAGGUGGCUGAGAUGAAGAAGGCAAAG